AUGAGAUAUAAUGAGAAAAGGCUAGCAAUUCUCAUUCUUCUUGUUCUCGCAAUCACCUCCACUGAUGUUUCAGACGCUACCCUUCGCCAUUUCAUGAUUCUCGGAUCGAAUAAGGGUAUUGAGGAGGGUAAUGAAAUGAAGGAGAGAGAGCUUGUGGAGUUUCAUCUUGACUAUGCAAGAACCGGAGCCAAUCAAGAUCAUGAACCAGGGAAAGGAAGACCUUAA